AUGUUUGCUAGAUCUGCAUUUCGCGCGGCUCAGUCGCUCAAGAGAACCUAUUCUACGGAGACGGGCGGUGUGGGCGGCUCCACCGCUCUGCUUCACGCGGCUGGCGCUGUUGGCAUCGCCGGCAGUGUCUACUGGUACUUCGGUGGUGUCUCCGCGCCCGCUACCGCCGCGGUUAUCAGAAAGGUGCCUGAGUCCCAAAAGGCAUUUACAGGGGGCGACCAGGGCUUCCUCUCUCUCCAACUCGCCGACGUCGAAACAGUCAACCACAACACUAAGCGCCUUCGCUUCAAGCUCCCCGAGCCCGACCAGGUCUCUGGUCUGACGGUCGCGAGUGCUAUCCUCGCUAAAUAUGAGGCUCCUGAGGACAAGAGACCUAUCCUACGACCUUAUACUCCUAUCGAAGAGGGCGAGGAGGGCUUUCUUAACCUCCUUGUUAAGAAAUACCCUGGUGGCCUCAUGAGUACCCAUAUCCACAACCUAGUCCCAGGUCAGCAUCUCGACAUCAUGGGUCCCCUCCCUAAGUACUCAUGGAACGAGAAUAAGCAUGAGCACAUCGCCCUCAUUGGUGGCGGUACUGGCAUUACUCCUUUAUACAUGCUUGCCCGGGCCAUCUUCAGUAACCCAAAUGAAAGAACCAAGGUCACCCUUAUCCUUGGGAAUGUCACAGAGGAGGAUAUCCUCCUUAAGGAGAAGCUCGACCAGCUCGAAAAGACCUACCCCGAACGCUUCCGCGCUUUCCAUGUUCUGAGUCAGCCCUCUAAAGACUGGACUGGAGGUAAAGGCCGUAUUUCUAAGGAUCUCCUUCAGACCACCCUUCCUAAUCCCAAGAGCGAGAAUAUCAAGCUCUUCGUCUGUGGCCCUCCAGGUCUCAUGAAGGCUAUUUCCGGUGACAUGGCUAACCCUGUAGAGCAGGGUGAGCUAUCAGGUGUCCUUCACGAGCUCGGAUAUACCAAGAAUCAAGUGCACAAGUUCUGA